AUGCUAUACCUCGUUCGGCCCACUUUGGUUCAGCCUUCAAAGUAUUCCUGUGGACUAGACUCAGUUGUAUCGACAACAUUAUGCACUACUACAUCUGCCGACAUUGGAGCACCAUCAGAUACCAAUUCGAUCGUUGCAAAUGUCCAUGAAACCAAUUAUGGUUAUUUUUCUAGCGGAAGUGACCAAAAUUCCAGUGCUAAGACUCGCACUACUAACGAUGAGCCUGCCGAGCUUACCAGCUAUCUGAUCGUAACUCAGAAGUCAGCUCCAUUCAACUCAACGUCUAGUAGUGCGUAUCUGUCAGAGACCAAUGAUUUGCUUCUUGAACCAUCUUUACGCCCGCCGAACGUCAAUGCCCAGAUGGCAACUGAUAAUGCGAACUUGUCGAAUUUUGGGCCAUGUGUGGAUCGCACAAAUUACCACUAUCAAUAUCAGGCUGGAAUCACGACAGAGUGUAUGCGUCACUCACCUAAGACGCUGCUAGAAUAUCAGUGGCCUCAGCAUCACCACUCAGCCCCGUUCAGCCGAAACGAGCAGCAAUUAUCUUCGCCAUCCACACCAAAGCAGACAGCCUUAUUCACUACCUCUCUU